UAUAUCUUAAUAUUAUUAUAACAUGUUACCCUGUCAUUUUCUUAUGCAGGCAUGGUUAGUGUACUAGUUACCAAACCUGUCAUAUCCCACUGCCACCAGGCCAUCACUCUGCACUGCAAUAUAUCUCUAUCUGAUGGAAAGGACCGUGAAUUCCAGGUUACUCAUCUAAGCUGGAUUAAAGAAUCAAAUAAAACUAUAUGCUCGGAAAGCAAUACAGCGAUCAGUUUCUUCCCCUGCCAAUAUAUGGCAAACAAACAACUGGUAGUAACUAUUGCCUACCCAAGACCAGAUGACAUUGGACGCUAUAUCUGCAAACUCCGAUCCUCCCAUGGACAUACAAGUGCUGAUACCAAUGUGACACUGGAGUGUCCUCAAAUGAUUGUCCAGAUACAUGAAGAUGGGAAAAGGGUGACCUGCAAGGUUGAGAAGUCAAACCACGAUGGGCGCAUCCACUGGUUUCAUGGAACAGUCAAUCUAACAAGUCAAUCAACUCAGGACAUUCACUCUGCCACUAAUGGAUCAUAUACUUUGAUUAGUUCUCUCAAUGACACUUCAAACUGGAAAACAUAUAAUUGUUCAUACUGGGUACCUCAAACUGGGCAAUAUAUAACAAGCAAGAAUAUUGUUAUGGAACAUAACACACAGUCUAACACACAGUCUUUCAGUAGUGACAGAAAGACUGGUCUGGUCUUCUUUUUGUGUCUCCUAUGGAUGCUUAUUCUGCAAUAAUGGCAGCAAUAACUGCAAAAAGCUAAUUUUGAACUUUAGGUGACACAUUACACACAUUAAUAUACGCUCAACCUUACACAUCAAAUACACCUAUUCCAUGUUCAAAGACUUGGCCUAGUCACAAUGAGAUAAUAACCUGAGGAUAACCUGAAACAGAACCUUUAGGGCACUCAAAAAAAAAUCUGGUAUCACUUUUUUAGGGUCUUUUAACUAACUGCUUAUUAGCAUGCAUAUUACUAGAAUAUUGGCUGUUUAUUAGUAAUUAUUAAGCACAUAUUAAUGCCUUAUUCUACA